CCAAUCGAUGAUCUCAACUGAAGUUUCCUCUGGCUGCCUCAUGAAGAGACUGAGGAAAGUCAUCGAGGAUGACAAAACUAUUUAAUUUAAACGCAUUUCGACGUCUGUGACUGGGGGGAAAAAGCAGAAGGAGCAAGACGCCAUUCAAACCGCGACAAUGCGGUUCAAACAAAGAAGACUGUGAUUUGCGGCGUUUUUUUGUGGUUUUUUUUUCUUCCCCCCGCUAAAGCCCAAGUCAGGGCUGGGUUCCGUCACGGUCUGAAUCGGCGAUUCGCCAAGAUGUCUAUGGAGGAGCAGGACUAUCCCGAGGCGGUGCUGGUGACCGAAGCUGGGCCGCAGUGGCUCCGAGUCGAGGUGGACCGUCUGACCCGCGAGCUGCGAGAGACGACUCACGAAAAGAUCCAGGCGGCGGAGUACGGGCUGGCCGUCCUGGAGGAGAAGCAGCAGCUCAAGCAGCGAUUCGAUGAGAUGGAGACGGAAUACGAGACGGUCCGGCAGGAGUUAGAUCAGCUGAAGGAGGCAUUUGGACAGGCUCAUUCUACCCACAGGAAGGUGGCAGCAGAUGGGGAAAGCAGGGAGGAGUCGCUGAUAAUGGAGUCUGCCAGUAAAGAAGCUCUGUACCAGCAGAAGGUCCUGGAAUUGCAGAAUGAUCUCCGACAGGCCAAAGCGUCUCUCUCAAGUGCUCAAGCAGAAAAUGAUCGCCUGUCUUCCAUUGCUCUCGAAAUGAGAGAGAAUUCAGAUGUGGCAGAGCUGCAGCGGGCUCAGCUUCGAGACGACAUCAGAGAGUAUAAAGUUCGAGAAGCUCGACUUCUCCAGGACUACACUGAGCUGGAGGAGGAGAACAUCUCCCUGCAGAAACAAGUAUCUGUGCUGCGGCAGAACCAGGUGGAGUUCGAAGGUCUUAAGCAUGAGAUCCGUCGGCUGGAGGAGGACUCCCAGUGUGUCCAAGGUCAGCUGGAGGAUGCUAUGCGUCUGAGAGAAAUCGCAGAGCGACAGCUCACAGAAGCUUUAGAAACGAUUAAAACGGAGCGUGAGCAGAAGGCCACGCUACGCAAAGAGCUCUCCCACUACAUGACCAUUGGGGGGUCCGUGUACAGCAGCUCUUUUAAUAUCUCCAUCGAUAACCCCAAACUCCACGAGGAUCCCUCCACCAUCCACGAACCUGACAACGACGAUCUGAUCAGAGGCUUCGAGAACGGCCUGGUGAAGAUGGGCGACAGCGACGAGGACAACAGAACGCUGGUCAACAAGAGAGGAGAGGCCUUCAAGCCAGCUCCUAGCUUGGUGGAUGAUCUGCUGAGUGAGCUCAACAUCUCUGAGAUACAGAAGCUGAAGCAGCAGCUUGCUCAGGUUGAGCGGGAGAAGAUGGCCCUGAUGAACUCGUUGCAGGAGAACCAGAAGCAGCUGGAGCAGGCCUACGGCACGGUGUCUGAGCAGAAGGAGACCGUCAACAGGCUGACUGAAAAUCUAAGUGCCAUGCGGAAACUCCAGGCCAGCAAGGAGCGCCAGUCUGCCCUCGACACAGAGAAAGACAGGGACAGCCAUGACGACGGAGAUUAUUACGAGCUGGACAUCAACGGGCCGGAGAUCCUGCAGUGCAAGUACACUGUGGCCGUUUCUGAAGCCGGAGAACUGAGGCAGGAGCUGAAGACGCUGAGGGCUCAGUACGAGGAGUGUCGAGCCAAGUACGAAGACGAGCGAGCGCGGUUGGAGAGUGACGUCCAAGACCUCAGGUCAAAGUUGUUCUCUUUGGAGAAGAUUAACCAAGCGGAUAAAGUGGAGGUGUCCCGCCUGGAGAAGGAGCUCCGUUUGGCCACGGCAGCUGCAGGAGAAUCCCUGGGAAGCCUCAACGUCGCCCAGGAUGAGCUCAUAGCUUUCAGCGAAGAGCUGGCCAAUCUCUACAACCACGUGUGUAUGUGCAACAAUGAGACUCCCAAUCGGGUCAUGCUUGAUUACUACAAAGAUGGCAAAGCCUUGAUGAGACGAGGGCAGGAAGGGAAGGAGCAGCAGACUGUUCUUCUCACCAGUGGGUUGAUGGGUGAGAACGACAAUGGAAAGUCAGAGUCCUGCAGCAUUGUGGUGACUGCUGCAGCUCCAGAGCAUCGCCCCGAACCCAUGAACAUCUACAACCUGGUAGCCAUCAUCAGGGAUCAGAUCCGCCACCUGCAGCAGGCGGUGGACCGGACCACAGAGCUGUCCCGUCAGAGGCUCGCUAACCUGGAGCUGAGCGCCGUGGCAGACAAAGACAAAGAGGCCUGCAUGGAGGAGAUUCUCAAACUCAAGUCGCUUCUCAGCACCAAAAGGGAACAAAUUGCCACUCUCAGAGCUGUGCUCAAGGCCAACAAGCAGACGGCAGAAGUUGCCCUGGCCAACCUCAAGAGCAAAUACGACAGUGAGAAGGCCAUGGUUACCGAGACGAUGAUGAAGCUCCGGAAUGAACUCAAGGCUCUAAAGGAGGACGCAGCUACUUUCUCCUCUCUUCGGGCCAUGUUUGCUACAAGAUGUGAUGAGUAUGUGACCCAGCUGGAUGACAUGCAGAGGCAGCUGGCUGCAGCCGAGGACGAGAAGAAGACGCUGAACUCACUGUUACGGAUGGCUAUUCAGCAGAAACUGGCUUUAACUCAGCGCCUCGAGGAUUUGGAGUUCGACCACGAGCAGGCACGCCGCAACAGUGCUACAGCGGCGGGAGGAAAGGGUAAAGCAAAGGGCAAGGGAGCUUCCUCCAGCCACCAUUAAACCCGUCAAGAAAAGUGACCUUAAAAAAAAAAAAAAAGUCCGUCAGUGUGACUGUUGACACACUCCAGGUUAUAUCUGUGGAAAGACGGAAACUCAACCACCAGUAUUUGCCAAGAACAUUAUAGAAGAGUGCCAUAACACUUAAUGUAGUUUUUAUCACAGUGUGAGGGAGGAAAGUGACUCGAUGCGCCAGCGUCCCUUUGGAUUUCAUCAGUCUUCCAAGUAAAUGCACCACUGACUGCUGAACCAGAGGAAGGACAGAUAUGGAUUCCUCGCUGAUUACUUUUGUCUGUUACCACAACUGAGCACUUUUUAUUACCGUACUUAUUCCUCCUAACAGAUUCCUUCUUUAAAUUAUGCUUGAAUUAGUCAGUAUUUUUAACUGAGAUGUAUGCUUUCCCACCUGCUCCCUGGUCAAACAUUGAGCUCUCUGAAUAUAUUGUAACCUAAUUUAUUUUUAGCAGUACAGUAGGAGAUUGUUAGUUUUUGAAAACAAAACUAUUUGUCCUAUUGGGUAAAAUUCGAAUGACAGAGACGAAGGAGUUUCACAAGCUCUGCUUUCUUUCGCCUUGAUCUGGUUUGUUUUAAAUCAAAGCCAGUAACGGAGCAACCAAUGUGCUGACCAGGUAUAUGUUUUCAGGAAAUAAUGUUACAUAUUGCUAUAACCCUAAUGUAGGGUGAUGGAGUGGAGAGUACAUUUGGUUUUGUAAUCAGCUUGGCAAAAUUGUGGCAAAACUUCAGCGGUGCCAAUUUUUGCCAGUCCAUGAGUAAACUCAUAAUGACUGAGGAACAAUAUUUUCAUGCAAAUUUAUUUAAAGAUUUAUAAGUUAAUAAAACAUACUAGUAUUCAUUCAGAUUUUAUUCAUGAAGAGUUUUUUUUAGUACUUUUUUAAUACAUCUUUUUGUAUUUGCAUUUUGGUCAUACAGUAUCAAGUGCAGUGCCAUUGUGUGUUUUGUUUGUACAAGUGCAAUUUCCAAUCCUGGCUGAAUAAAAAAAUAAAGUGUUUGUGCUUUUUAAAAGUAUUAAUUUUUACAUGUUUUAUUAUGACUGCAAUUGUAUUUAUUUGUGUCUGUUCAGAUAACAGGAUUCAUUGUUCUUUUGGUAAAUGAGGGAGUUCAGAUAUAGCUGCCUGGUUACAAAGUAAUGAUGAAUGAGCUCUUGUUUAAAACAAAAACGUACUAGCAAAGUUUGUUUGUUGGCUUCUGUUACUACCUCCAGUUAUAGCUGGUGAAGAAAUAAACCUGACUUUCACAGCU